UGGCAGGAGCGGAACGCGGAGAACGCCAUCGAGGCGCUGAAGGAGUAUGAGCCGGAGAUGGGGAAGGUCUAUCGCGCCGACCGCAAGGCCGUACAGCGCAUCAAGGCCCGCGACCUCGUCCCCGGGGACAUCGUGGAGGUGGCCGUGGGCGACAAGGUGCCGGCCGACAUCCGCAUCAUCUCCAUCAAGUCAACGACGCUGCGGGUGGACCAGUCCAUCCUUACUGGUGAGUCCACCGCACCUUCCCCGGGUCCCGCCCCACAUCCCACCCCACCCCUUGUCCCCAGAUGUCCCCAUAACCCCCUCCCCACCACCACCACCCGUGUCCCCUCUCAGGGCACCAACAUCGGGGCGGGCAAAGCCGUGGGCAUCGUGGUGGCCACGGGGGUGAACACGGAGAUCGGGAAGAUCCGGGACGAGAUGGCGGCCACCGAGCAGGACAAGACGCCGCUGCAGCAGAAGUUGGACGAGUUUGGAGAGCAGCUCUCCAAGGUCAUCUCCCUCAUCUGCGUGGCCGUGUGGCUCAUCAACAUCGGCCACUUCAACGACCCCGUCCACGGCGGCUCCUGGAUCCGCGGCGCCAUCUACUACUUCAAGAUCGCCGUCGCCUUGGCCGUGGCCGCCAUCCCCGAAGGGUUGCCGGCCGUCAUCACCACCUGCCUGGCGCUGGGGACGCGGCGCAUGGCCAAGAAGAACGCCAUCGUCAGGAGCCUGCCCUCGGUGGAGACGCUGGGCUGCACCUCUGUCAUCUGCUCCGACAAGACCGGCACCCUCACCACCAACCAGAUGUCCGUCUGCAAGAUGUUCAUCGUGGACAAGGUGGAGGGCGACGUCUGCUCCCUCAACGAGUUCUCCAUCACCGGCUCCACCUACGCCCCCGAGGGAGACGUGAUGAAGCAGGAGAAGCAGGUGAAGGCCGGGCAGUACGACGGACUGGUGGAGUUGGCCACCAUCUGCGCCCUCUGCAACGACUCCUCCCUCGACUACAACGAGUCCAAAGGCAUCUACGAGAAGGUGGGGGAGGCCACCGAGACGGCGCUGACCUGUCUGGUGGAGAAGAUGAACGUCUUCAACACCGACGUCCGCAGUCUCUCCAAGGUGGAGCGCGCCAACGCCUGCAACUCCGUCAUCAAGCAGCUGAUGAAGAAGGAGUUCACUCUGGAGUUCUCCCGCGACCGCAAGUCCAUGUCCGUCUACUGCUCUCCGGCCAAAGCCUCCCGCGCCGCCGUGGGCAACAAGAUGUUCGUCAAGGGCGCUCCUGAAGGCGUCAUCGACCGCUGUAACUACGUGCGGGUGGGCACCACGCGGGUGCCCCUCACCCCCACCGUCAAGGAGAAGAUCCUCGCUGUCAUCAAGGAGUGGGGCACCGGGCGGGACACGCUGCGCUGCCUGGCCUUGGCCACCCGCGACACCCCACCCAAGAAGGAGGACAUGGUCCUGGAGGACUCCACCAAGUUCGCCGAGUACGAGAUGGACCUGACCUUCGUGGGUUGCGUGGGGAUGUUGGACCCCCCCCGCAAAGAAGUGAUGGGCUCCAUCCGCCUCUGCCGGGACGCCGGCAUCCGGGUCAUCAUGAUCACGGGGGACAACAAAGGGACGGCCAUCGCCAUCUGCCGUCGCAUCGGGAUCUUCAGCGAGGAGGAGGAGGUGACGGGGCGGGCCUACACGGGGCGGGAGUUCGACGACCUGCCCCCCGCCGAGCAGCGGGAAGCCUGCCGCCGCGCCUGCUGCUUCGCCCGCGUCGAGCCCACCCACAAGUCCAAGAUCGUGGAGUUCCUCCAGUCCUUCGAUGAGAUCACCGCCAUG